UUUUUAUUAGAUUAAUGGGAUGUCAAGAUUUACUUGACGAUGUUCCUGGUCGAUUACCGAGAAGAGAUCAAGGCCCUCAUAUGUCAAGCCCUGCAGAUUUGCGUAGUUUUGUGCGUGCUACUGGUAAAGGUUUGACUGGACGUGGCUCUUCAAAAUCGUACAGUAUUAAAGAAGAAACUUCUAAUGAAAUAAUGGCAGUUUUAAAGUUAGAUAACACUACAGUUGCUCAAACCACUUGGAAACCAUGUAGCCAACAAGCUUGGGAUCAAAGAUUUAGCAUAGAUCUUGAUAGGUCUAGAGAAUUAGAAAUUCAAGUAUAUUGGCGAGAUUGGAGAUCAAUGUGUGCAGUUAAAUUUCUUCGUCUUGAGGAGUUCAUUGAUGACAACAGACAUGGCAUAGCUCUCCAUUUAGAACCUCAAGGUCUUUUAUUUGCUGAAGUGAAAUUUUUGAAUCCUAUGAUAUCAAGAAAACCUAGGCUUCAGCGUCAAAGAAAAUUAUUUAGGCACAAAGGCAAAAACUUCUUACGUCCUGGACAAAUGAAUAUAAAUGUAGCAACAUGGGGUCGUUUAAUGAAAAGAGCAAUGCCACAAAAUUGUUCAGAACAACCAGCAACAAUAAGUCCUCCUUGCCUAAUGGCAAACA